AUGGGGCAGUUGAUGAGCUAAGGCCACAGAGUGAGGCCUAGAGUUUUACACACACACACAAACACAAACACAAUCACAAUCAAGAUUCUUUGGAGUGCUGAUUUUCUCUCUCUUCUUUCUUCUUCUUCCCCCCUCUGUAACAUCCCGCUUCUUCGAUCCCUUUCUGUUAAUCAUCUGUCUUUCAAAAGUUUUCUGGUUUUUGGGUUUGUUUAAUCUGGAUUAAAAGGCAAACUUAGAGAAGGAUUUGGAAAGCCAGGUGUUUUCAGAAACGAGAUCUUUGUGUUUUUGGUCAAAUUUUAUUAGGGACUUUUCUUUUCCCUUCAUUAUUUUUCUGUUCAUAAUUUUCUCUUUCAUCCAAACGCCUAGGAGGGCUUAUUUGCUGUCCCUCAAGGUUGGUUUUUCAAGCCAUAGGGAAAAAAGGGGUUUGUUUAUUUGAAAAUCUCCUUGGAUCCUUCGUUUUUUCGUUCAUCUGUAGUUAAUAUUUUUUUCUGGGUUUUUCUUGGAAAAAAAUCAACUUUCUUGAUUUUGGUAAGAAACAGGUUGAUUUUUCUGUCUUUAAUUAGCUUUUGAUUUUCAGGAUUUAGUUUGUUUUGUUAAAAUUAGUUCAAGGAAUGGCAGCUACAAUGGAUUUGUGGAGUAGCACAGCUCUGGAACUUUACUCAGACCCCUUUAGGGGUGGUGAGCUCAUGGAAGCACUUGAGCCUUUUAUCAAAAGUGCUUUCCCAACACCAUCUUCUUCUUCUUCACCCUCAAAUUCUUCUUUAGUGACACAAAAUACCCCCCACCAAGAUCUCAACUUUUCUUCUUCCUAUUCUUCAACCCCUUUUUCUUCUACCUCCUCUUCUUACCCCUACAGUUCCUGCAAUUUCUCACCUUCAAUUUCUGCAUCACAGACCCACAUGUACCCAGAUGGCUGCUCCACCUCGACAACCAAGUUCUUUUCCCAAGGGUUUUCGGGUCAUGACCCAUUUGGUCUUGAGCAACCGGGUUCUAUUGGGCUCAACCACCUAACCCCAGACCAGAUCCACCAGAUCCAAGCCCAACUCAACUUUCAACAGCAGCAACAGAUGAUGCCAGCCCAAUGGCCUCAGAACCAGCAGACCCUGAACUUCCUUAGCCCAAAGCCUAUCCCAAUGAAGCAGGCGGGCUCACCCACGAAGCCCACCAAGCUCUACAGAGGGGUGAGGCAACGUCACUGGGGGAAAUGGGUAGCUGAGAUCCGUCUACCCAAGAACCGGACCCGACUCUGGCUCGGCACCUUCGACACAGCCGAAGAGGCAGCUUUGGCCUACGACAAGGCCGCUUACAAGCUUAGAGGCGACUUUGCAAGGCUCAACUUCCCCCACCUCCGCCACAGUGGGUCCCACAUCGGCGGCGACUUCGGAGAGUACAAGCCUCUUCAUUCCACAGUUGAUGCUAAGCUACAAGCCAUUUGUCAAAGCUUGGCUCAAGGGAAGAGUAUAGACUCCUCCAAGAAGUCAAAAGGGGCGGCUGUUAAGCGGAAGAAAGUGUCGGUUUCGGAGCAAUCGGCGGCGACGGCGGCGGAGGAGGAGGAAAAGGUGGUAGUGGUGGAGAUAGGAUCCGACAGUGACGGGUCGAGCGGAUCAAGCGGUUCACCCGUUUCGGAUCUUACUUUCCCGGAUAUUUUGGAGGAGUGCACAUGGGACAUGGUAUGGUCGGAGAAUUUCUUACAGAAGUACCCAUCUAAUGAGAUUGAUUGGGCUUCAAUAUAAUUGGGUCUGCAGUGUCAUUUAUGUAAUUUUGUAUUUUGAACGUAUAGCAAUUUAGGUACUAUUUGUAAUGGGUGUCUUUGAGUUAGUCUUAAAGGGCAUAAUCGUCUGCAAUUGAAUUUUUGGAGAUUGCAGAUUAGUCCUUGUGUUUUAUAGUAUUAAUGGUCGAGUCCGAAUGGAUUAUUAGGUUAGGUGAUUUGUGCAGCGUAUGUUAUGAAUGUAUGUUAUGUCUACCAUGGUCAGCUGGUUUUUGGUUGGCUAGACCACUGGAUGAUGACUACUUUAUUAUUGUAAUGCUAUUUGUUGGUAGUUGUUAUGUUUUGCAAUUACAUAUUAAUGGCUCC